GCAUAAGCUUACAUCCAUUUGGUAUAAAUCAUGGGACGAAGGAAGAUUGAAAUCAAGAAAAUCGACAACAAAGCCUACCUAAAGGCCACCUUUUCGAAGCGGCGAAAGGGUUUGUUCCGAAAAGCUGCUGAGCUUUGUGAUAUGUGCGGUGCCGAGAUCGCCAUUCUUACCGUUUCACCGGGUGGCAAGUUCUACAAUUUUGGUCACCCGAACGUUGAUUCCAUCAUAGCUCGGUAUUGUGGUGAUGAGACUUCAUGUACACUUCAUGAAAAUCAUGAUUGUGUGAGUAAUGAAGAUGAUGAUGAAGAUUUAGAAGGCGAGCAAGAGAAGGGAGAGGAUAGUACCGAUGAUGUCGAUGAGGAUGAGCCUAUCCAUGAGGAGGAGCCUAUCCACAAGGCUGGCGAGGUGAAGGAGCUUAUUAACCUUAUCAAUAGAGAAGGAGAUGAGACGAUGCGCUUAUCAAUAGACUUCUCCCACAAGUUUUGGUGGGAUGAGGAGGAGCCUAUUGAUCCAGAACAACGUGCGAUGUACAUUCAUAGCCUAAUGGAAUUGAGAAACAAUGUGAUUUGGGUGUUGAAUGAUAGGAACAGGAGAGAAUCAUGCGUUAAGGACUAUAUGGGUGGGAUAUAAGUUAUGAUAUGGUAACCCUAAAAUAGGGGGCAUUGCGCUCUUGUAGAUUUUGCAGUUUUGUUUUUGAUCAAUGAUGAAAUUCAUUCCUCUUUUUUGCAAUUUUUGCAGUUUCAUAUAGAUUUUGCCAGAUAUUUUGGCUUUUUGAUGCUUUUCUUGUGUUAAUUGAA